AUGGCGAAUAUCAAGCCGUUCAAGAUCGCCGUACCGGAUGCGGAGAUCGACAAGCUCAAAACCAAGCUCUCAUUGGCAACGUUUCCCCAAGAUGUCGACAUGUCCGAGUCCUGGUCGUAUGGAACGCCAUUGAAGGACAUCAAGCGGCUCGCAGCGUACUGGCAGAACGGCUUCGAUUGGCGCGCCGCGGAGUCGAAGCUCAACGAGCAGCUUUCCCAGUUCACAACGACUGUGUUCGUCGAUGGCUUCCACGACAUCGACGUCCACUUCGUGCACCAGAAAUCCAGUCGCCCAGACAGCAUCCCUCUGCUGUUCAGCCACGGCUGGCCCGGCAGCUUCUACGAGGCCGUCAAGCUCCUGCCGCUCCUCACCAACCCCUCCAGCCCAGACCAGCCGUCCUUCCACGUCGUCGUGCCAUCCCUCCCCAACUACGGGUUCUCAGGCAAAGUUACCAAGCCCGGCUUCGGCCCAAACCAGUACGCAGAGACAUGCCACAAGCUGAUGCUGCAGCUCGGCUACGACAAGUACGUCACGCAGGGCGGCGACUGGGGCUUCAUCAUCACGCGCAGGAUGGGCAUCCAGUACCCGGAGCACGUGGUGGCGUCGCAUCUCAACUUCGUGCGCGUGAUCAAGCCGCCGGAGCUGUCACAGACGCCGCUGCAGUUCGUCAAGCACUCGGUGUUGCCGUACAGCAAGUCGGAGCGGGAGGGCCUGGAGCGCACGGCAUGGUUCCGCAAGCAUGGCUUCGGGUACAACCUCGAGCAGUCGACGCGCCCGCACACCCUUGGCUUCGGGCUGGCCGACUCGCCCGUCGCGCUGCUGGCGUGGAUCUACGAGAAGCUGCAUGACUGGACGGACAGUUAUGUCUGGACUGAUGACGAGAUCCUUACUUGGAUUAGUAUUUAUGCGUUUAGCACGGCGGGGCCUGACUCUAGCGUCCGGAUUUAUUAUGAGGCUACGAGGCAGGAGGCCAUAUCUUCGGGGUAUCCUUAUCACGACAAAGUGCCACUCGGGCUGAGCUAUUUCCCGAAGGACCUGGUCGUACCGCCGAACACCUGGGGUCGGACGCUGGGCCCAGUGGUAUUUGAGAAGAGGCACGAGGAUGGCGGGCAUUUCGCCGCGCAUGAGAGGCCCGAAAAGCUGGCUGAUGAUUUGAGGACAAUGUUUGGCAAGGGAGGAGGUGCAGAGGCUGUGGUGAAGAAGCUAAGGAGUCAGGCCAGAAUUUGA